AAAAGCUGCCGCGCUGCGGCCGGGAACCGAGAGGCAGCCAGAACCGAGAGAGGUGGCCAGGCCAGGCGGGCGGUAGCUCACUGCUCAGGUCUCUCUGGCCUGCGAUCACCUCAACCAUAGCCGGUCUUGGGGCCCAUUGGGCGGACAAAAGCCGCGGCCUGUGCACCGAGCUUUCGUUCGGCGCCGCGCCGGUGUCCCGCUGGUGACCGCCGCUGUCGCGCUGGCUCCCGCGGGCCGACUAUCCACGCCGCACACUCCGUUCCCUCCCUGCUGAGCCCUGGCCGUGGCCGCCCGAGGGCGCCGCCCACCGCGCCGCUGUCGGGCCGCCCCGCCUUCGCCUGGAUCCCAAGCCGCAGUAGCGGACCAUGGAGGUGGCGCCGGAGCAGCCUCGCUGGAUGGCGCACCCAGCCGUAUUAAAUGCGCAGCACCCCGACUCGCACCACCCGGGCCUGGCGCACAACUACAUGGAGCCAGCGCAGCUGCUGCCUCCCGACGAGGUGGAUGUCUUCUUCAACCAUCUCGACUCGCAGGGCAACCCCUACUACGCCAACCCGGCCCACGCGCGCGCGCGCGUUUCCUACAGUCCAGCGCACGCCCGUCUCACUGGAGGCCAGAUGUGCCGACCACACUUGUUGCACAGCCCAGGCUUGCCAUGGCUGGACGGGGGCAAAGCUGCUCUCUCUGCCGCCGCUGCCCAUCACCACAGCCCCUGGACCGUCAGCCCGUUUUCCAAGACCCCGCUGCACCCCUCAGCUGCUGGAGCACCCGGAGGGCCUCUGUCUGUGUACCCAGGGGCUGCGGGUGGGAGCGGGGGAGGCAGUGGGAGCUCAGUGGCCUCCCUCACCCCCACCGCAGCCCACUCUGGCUCUCAUCUCUUCGGCUUCCCACCCACACCACCUAAAGAAGUUUCUCCAGACCCCAGCACCACGGGAGCCGCUUCCCCAGCCUCAUCUUCUGCAGGGGGUAGUGUAGCCCGGGGUGAGGACAAGGAUGGUGUCAAGUACCAAGUGUCACUGUCUGAGAGCAUGAAGAUGGAAGGUGGCAGUCCCCUGCGCCCAGGCCUAGCUACCAUGGGCACUCAGCCUGCAACACACCACCCAAUACCCACCUAUCCCUCCUAUGUGCCUGCCUCAGCUCAUGACUAUGGCAGCGGCCUCUUCCAUCCUGGAGGCUUCCUGGGUGGCCCAGCCUCCAGCUUCACCCCUAAGCAGCGAAGCAAGGCACGCUCCUGCUCAGAAGGCCGGGAGUGCGUCAACUGUGGGGCCACAGCCACCCCUCUCUGGCGACGGGAUGGCACUGGCCACUACCUGUGCAACGCGUGCGGCCUCUACCACAAGAUGAACGGACAGAACCGGCCCCUCAUCAAGCCCAAGCGGAGGCUGUCUGCUGCCAGAAGAGCGGGCACCUGUUGUGCAAAUUGUCAGACGACAACCACCACCUUAUGGCGCCGGAACGCCAACGGGGACCCUGUGUGCAACGCCUGUGGCCUCUACUACAAGCUGCACAAUGUUAACAGGCCACUGACCAUGAAGAAGGAAGGAAUCCAGACCCGGAACCGGAAGAUGUCCAGCAAGUCUAAGAAGAGCAAGAAAGGGGCUGAAUGUUUUGAGGAGCUAUCCAAGUGCAUGCAGGAGAAGUCAUCCCCAUUCAGUGCGGCUGCCCUGGCUGGACACAUGGCACCCGUGGGCCACCUCCCACCCUUCAGCCACUCUGGACACAUCCUGCCCACGCCAACACCCAUCCACCCCUCCUCCAGUCUCUCCUUCGGCCACCCCCACCCAUCCAGCAUGGUGACUGCCAUGGGCUAGGCACAGCUUCUUCCCUCUGGACAGACAUGGACAUCGAGGGUGGCUGGCAGAACCAGAGUGAGGCCGGGCACUCCCAGGCUGGGUGGAACACAGUUUUGGCUCCCGCCCAUCCCAAGAGACCCACUUCCUCCUGCCAGCCUAGCCUGGCCGAAGCCACCUCUCCUUGGAGGACUCCCAGCCUUGUGCCGCCAUUACUGUGAAUGUUUCUAACUGGGCUACAGCUUGUGUGCGCCCUGGGUGCUGCCCAGAAAAGUUUUUUCACGGACAGUUGCUUGGAGAGCAAAACAGACAGGUUUAUAGCAAGAAAAGGAGGAGACUGGGGACAGAAAAAUGAAACCAUUUUUUGAAGGAGAAAGGAGUAGGCAAAAAAAUAAUAAUUUAUUUUGCUCUUAUUUCUUACAAAGACAUGGAGGCAUGGACUGUUUGUGUUCUCUGGGUCCUUCCUUGGGGCCUACUGCCACCAGUCAGGGCUCUGGGGAGGCAGACUUACAGGGCCUCAGCCUGAGCCUUCUCCCCAGCUGCCUGGAGGGUAGCCCCUGCCCUGACGCAGCCCUUGAGGGCAGAGACAAUCGCAGGCGGUCCUGCGCAGAUUCCCAGGCCAGGGCUGGGUCACAGGAAGGAAGCAUUCUCUGGAAAGGGGAAACGUCUCCCAGAUCAUUCCCUUGGCUUCGAGAGGCCAAAGCUGGUGUGACCCAGAUGGCCAAGCUGCGGCCUGUGCCUAGGCCAGCUGGACCCCUGUAAAUACAUCCUUUUUCUGCUAACCCCUUCAUCCCCCUCCACUCUAAGAUAAAUAAGAAAAUAUUCAAAACAAAACCCAAACUGCAUAAGCUUAACUCACUGAUGAGUGGUUUUAUUUUUAAACUCAUUUUGGGUCCAGUCAAUUGUACGUUGCCACAGAAGCCCCAGUAUGAAAAAGAAUAAAACCUACAAACCAAGGCUGAGCUUCACAGUUCUUUCUUGAAUAGUUCUUGGAUCCCAGGGCCCUAGCAGGAGGCUGGGGACAAGAGGGAUCUUAUGCUCUUGGUUGCUGGGGGACAGGGGACGGGCAGGCAGUGGCCCCGCGAUCCCCGGGGGUUCUGUUCUGUUGUGGCUGGCUGGAUUCUUCAAGGUACAGCUGUACAUAAAAUGUGUCCCAAGCUCCGAUUCUGUGUGCGGUGGUGGUGGUGCAGCGGCCAGCAAGGGGCCCCUAGCCCAGGAAGACGAUUGUGCUAAGUCAACUAAGUGCAAUAUUGGCGUCCAGUUGCUGCAGCGCACCAUAACCGGAAGUAACUUAUUUUGUGCUAGUACCCGCAUAAGAAAAAGAAUCGGCAGUAUUUUCUGUUUUUAUGUUUUUGGCUUGUUUUAUUUUGGUUUAGUGACCUAAGUUAUUGUUAACUAUGUACAACAUUUAAAUAUUGUCUGUAAAAAUUGUAUGCUACCCUCCUAUUCCUUUAAAGUGAAUACUGUUAAAAAUAAUAAAAUACUUUUUUGUGAA